UUAUUUGUUUUCAAAAAAUCCAUAAACACCUUCUGUACGAAUCUCAAUAUAUAGUAUUUCAUCAUUUUGUCUGUACUAUGUUUAAGUUUAUUGUUAUAUAGUAACAUUAAAAUGAAUAUUUAGAAAAAUCAAAUGCAAAUAUCAGGAUGCAAAACGAACUCCAAUCUCUAAAAACUAUCUUUGACUCCAAUAAUAUACCUAUCUCAUUAGAUUGGUUGAGAGAAUGUAUUGAUUGGUGUAAAAGUGAGGUAUUGAAUUCUAAUUAUACACUUGAUCAGCUCAAAAAUGCUAUACAUGACCAAUGGCUCAAUUUAGACUUGCGAGACAUAGAAACAAAAGUUUUACCUCCAGGUUUGUCAGAUAAACAGUAUAUGGUAUUGAAUGGAAAUUUUUCCUUGCAAUUGAUGAAAAUAGUAGAUAUUUCAAAACCAAAAUAUUGGCAAUUGCAGCAAAUUAGAAAAGAGAAUGUCUUAACUAGACCUUCAGGAAAUGAAGUAAGGGAAACUAUAGGAUCUGGCAAAAGAGUGCUACAGCUUACAUUAACUGAUGGAGUUCAAUAUGUCGAAGCAAUGGAAUAUAAACCAAUACAAAUAUUAAACAUCAAUUUAACUCCUGGUGUUAAAAUUCGAUUAAGUGGACCUCUUACAAUAAGAAGAGGCCGUCUGAUGUUACAAGAACAGAAUAUUAGAAUACUUGGUGGUGAGGUUGAAGAAUUGCUGAUUCCAAAUGCAGCAGAAAAUGUUUUGGCUAGUGCUCUAAAUUUGCCACUGAAUAAUAAUCCUAAUAUCAUAGAUAUGAAAUUGUUAACUGUUGAGCAAGAAUCAGAAAAUGUUUUGAGUAAGAGUAAUCCAAAACAGGAUAAGAAAAUAAAUCAUCCUAUAACUUCCACAGUGAUGAAUCCAACAAUUACAAAAAAUGCACCAAAAAGUCAGAACACUAACAAUUUUAGUACGGCUAGUACAGCAAUUCAAGAUGAUUUCCCUACUGAUGAAGACAUGGAACUGUUAAUGAUGGCAGAAAAUAAUGGAAUGGUUGGAAAAAAUGAUGCGAACAGAACCUUUCAAAGUAUAAAUAAAUGUGAAGAGCCUACUGAUGAAGAAAUGGAGCUACUUAUGGAAAUGGAAAAAGAACAUGUCCGAAAUAAUCGGAAUAUUAUUAACAAAACACCUGAUUUGUUCGAGGAUGAUUUUGAUCCCGAUCAAAUUGAGGAGUUGAUUGAAAAAAAAACUCUCGAAAUCAAACAGGAACCCAAACCUGGAACCUCAUCAAACAAAAGAAAAUUGUCUCCAUUGAGGUCAGAACCGUUGAAGAAAGUAGUAGUAGCAGAACAAGCCAGUCAAUUUGGGGACUUUGUCAACGAAGAUUUGUUUGCAGAUUUGGACUUGGAAGGUUUACAAAAGAAAGAAGAUGCAAAACUGACUGUUAGCAAAGUGGUUGAGUUGAAAACAAAAAUCAGAAAUAAUUGUGCUGGUUCCUUCAGAAUCAAAGCUAAAUUCAAAGCCAUUGAAAAAAAAGUUACUGUGCAAGGGGAUGAAUAUAAAGCAGAAAUGAGAAUAGAGGAUGACAGUGAUGAUAUGGUGUGUAAAGUACACAGCGAUAUUAUUUCUAAAUGGGCAGGACUUACCCCAAAUGAAAUGUUAGAUCUGAGGAAGAGUAUUUUAUCUGGGAAUGUAGAAUUCAAGAAUAAAGUGCAGAAUAUUCUUCAAGUUAUUAUGAAGAAAAUAUUGGAAGUUGACAACCUAAUGGAAAUUCAAUUGAAUGGUUGUGAUUCUUUACCUAUAAUGAAGGAAAUUUUUUAUUGAUUCUUCAAAGACUUCUUAUAUACUUUUUAUAAUAUGUAUAAGCCUAAUAAUUUAUACAAAAGAUGUUACCUAUAUUUAUAAUAAAAAUUUUUAUUUCU